AUGUCUACAGUCACAUUAACAGCCCGCUGCCACUGCUCCUCAACCCACUUCACCGUCACCCUCCCAAAGUCGUCCCUCCCACUCCCCGCGCAUCUGUGCCACUGCACCCUCUGCCGCACAACCUACGGCACACCGGCUACGUUCCAUGCGGCGCUCCCUGAGGGCAUCAAGCCAUCCUUCAUCGCGCCCUCGAGCUGGGAUAACCUUACAAGCUACCUCCCUCGCGGAAGCAAGGAGCCGCUGUAUUUUUGUUCCACUUGUGGAUGCCAUGUUGCGGCCUUGAAUCCGAGCGGGAUUUGGGGCAUCGUUGUUUCGAUUUUUGAGGACGGAAAUCGCAUUCCAACCGAUGAUGGCCAGGGGGAGGGGAAGAUCUGGGUGAUUGAUGAGCACAUCUACACCGAAAAGGUAUCGACGGGUGACGGCGGGAUAGCGGAGCUCGUUCCGAGGAUCGGUGGGGCGGAGCUGAAGAUUUGGAAUCCGGAGGAGCCUGGAGAGUUUUCUAUUCCUGAGAAUCCUCACGCUGAUGCGGGAGACACACUCCUCGCGCAGUGCAACUGCGGCGGCGUCUCCUUUGCCAUCUCGCGGCCCCGGGAGGAGUUUAUCAAUUCGCCUAAAAGCGCCGGCUGGAUCCAUCCCAGUGACGAAACAAAAUGGCUCGCGCUCCUCGACGUCUGCACCGACUGUCGCCUCGUCACAGGGUCGCACGUGAGUUCCUGGAUGUUCGUUCCUAUGGACCACAUCACCCCUGCACUCCCAUCAAACCUGCUCCUCGGAACAAUGAAACGCUACGAAUCGAGUCCUGGCGUGACGCGUACAUUCUGCGGAACCUGCGGCGCGACAGUAUUUUUCCACAUGGAGAAGAGAGGAGGGAUAAUCGAUGUUGCCACGGGGAUCCUGCGCGCGCCUGAGGGGGUCAUGUUGAGGGAUUGGGCGGUUUGGAGGACGGCCAAGUUGGGAUUUCCCAACGAUGGGUUGGAGUAUGAUAAGGAGUUCACCGAGGGUUUAGAGACAGGCAUGAAGGAGUGGGCGAGGAGGGUUCAUGGGGGAGUCGUGGAUUUUGGGGGGAGUGGGCCGGAGGCGGAUUAA